AUGACGUCUCCCAAAAAGCCAGAGCUCGAACAAAAGCCAAGCUUUCGGAUUCGCCAGUUAAAAAAAGAUAACGCGUUGCGCCGUCGAAUCGAAUUGGAGCUCUCCCGUAGGCGAGAAUCAAGCUCCCGUACUAUACGGAAAGGAAAGAUCGUUCACGGUAGCGUUAUGCAACUUCAUCCGCUGGAACCGAUCAUUUGUAGAAGAGCCACUUCAUGUUAUGAUGCUGCUCGUUUGAUGUCCACUCAUAGAGAGAAUUGUGUAUUGGUUGUAGAUAGUGAUGGGAAGGUAGAAGGAAUCGUCACUGCUAAAGAUUUGGCGUUUCGAGUUGUGGGCGAGCCUAUGCUGGCCAGUUCUGUUCCCCUAGAGAAGAUUAUGACUCCUGACCCAAUUUGCACUCAUGUAAGCUGCAUCGCUAGCGAGGCCUUGGAUCUAAUGGUAGAGAAAAGGUUCCGCCAUCUUCCCGUAUUGGAUGAUGAUGGGACUAUAGUCGGAGUUUUGGAUAUUGCCCAAGCGUAUCUCCAACAUAUGGAAAAAUUGGAACGACUACAUGAGUCGUCACUCAAAUUGUAUGAGGCAUUGGACUCGGUCAAUACAGAAUUGGACUUGAAUGAUCAACCCCGCCAGGUGUACGACUACUUUCAAAACUUGCAAGCCAAAGUUAAGGGUCCUAGUUUGCAGUUGGUGGUGAAUGAUACUACUAGUGCAGUGUUUGUUAGUGAUCGUGCCUCAGUGUACGAGGCUACGGAGCUAAUGAAGAAAUAUAACACCACAGCCAUUCUCGUUAAAGCCCGUAAUCUGGAACUUGCAGGUAUUUUCACUUCAAAGGAUGUAGUCUUACGCGUUAUUGCUGCUGGACUAGAUCCGAAGAACUGUUCAUUGAUUAGAGUCAUGACUCCAAAGCCAGACACAGCUCAUAUUUCCACGACUAUUCAAAGCGCCCUUCGCCAAAUGUUCAAUGGCCACUUUUUGAAUCUCCCGGUGGUUGAGGGUACAGAAGUCGUGGCUGUUGUGGAUGUACUACUGCUCAUUUAUGCUACCUUGAAUCAAAUCAAACGAAUACAAACCAGUACAAGCAUGUUAAGCCCUGAAUCUAGCAGCGAACAAGACCUACUGUGGGAAGGCUUUUGGCUUUCUCCGGAUCAGAAUGACCAAGCAUCAGCAGGUCUGCAUUCCAAUCAUUCGGGUAAUUAUUCGCCCAGAUAUGAGCUCUAUCCUUCUGAUUCCGUAUCGUUUGUGAUAGAUGAACACCCAGAUUCCUCUACCGCAAUUUCGGGCAGCAGUUUUCAAAAGGGAGAUUUUGUAUUCAAAUUCAAGUGGCCAGUAUCGGAAGAACGUUUUCAUCGGAUCACUUUGAGAGACGAUCAGUCAUUGGAACGUUUGCGGGAUCUUAUUGACGAAAAACUUUCAGUUAAUUCUAAACAAUACUCGAUUUACUAUCUAGAUGACGAUGAUGACCUAGUGGCCAUUACUUCAGACUCUGACUUGUAUGAUUGUAUUUGCCAGUACUGGGCUAUGAGUACAAACAAGGCUGAGCUUUUUCUUCACUUUUCAGUCGACGGUAAUGCGAGUCCAAAACAACUAUCAGAAUCAACGGGUAAUUUGGACAGCGGUUUCCGCAAUGCAAUUAUUCUCACCAGCUUGAUUGGGCUAGCCGCUAUUGCUGGCAUCAUUACAUACAAAAAUCGGCGGUGA